AUGAUUCGUUUCUCAAAGACUGCAUUGCGUUCUUUGUCAGCUGUGUCAAAGUCAAUUGUGCGCACUGAAAUUGCAGGCGCCACACAUACCCUUGAGGUUCGUAAACAGAUAAACGACAAACGGUCUGAAAUUCUCCUGGGUGGCGGCCUAAAGCGUAUUGAUGCUCAGCACAAAAGAGGAAAAUUGACCGCUAGAGAGAGAAUCGAUCUGCUCCUCGAUGAAGGAAGUUUUCAGGAAUACGACGCAUUCGUAGAGCAUGACUGCGUCGAAUUUGGCAUGCAAAAGUCAAAAAUUCCAUGUGAUAGUGUCGUCACCGGACACGGAACAAUAAACGGUCGAAAAGUUUUCUUAUUCAGGUAUCUCAGAACCUGAUUGUUUUGCGUUUUGUAUUUUUUCGAAAUCCUCGUGCCCUUAUUUGUCAAGUACUCGACUCCAUCUAGGUUGGUCACCUAGAGCUAGCUCAUCGUGUUCCGUUUAUAAGGAAUACUCAGCUGUUAGUGUCAUAUACAAGGCAUAGACAGAUACUAUAGUUAAUUGAAUAGGAGGUUUUGGUCGGUAACAAAACUCCUGUUUUCCGACAAGAGGUCACCGCUGUAUAUUGCAUCCUUGCUUUGACGGUCAAAAAUGUAGGCCUUCGUCCUGGCCUUAUUUCCUGCGAAUACUAAUCUGAGACAGUUUCUGGUCCAGUUUAGUUUUAUUACCGUCUUCAUUGGUGACGUUAAUUUCAUGGUGCAGAUCGCGACUGUUUCGUUAUUUCAUUACUCUACUCUAUUAACUUUCAUUUAAUGUAAUUGUCAUUCAUUGGUUUUGAUAUUGCUCACUUUGGCAUACAAUUUUAAAUCUUAGUCAUGUGGAAGCUAACUUUUUACAUGCAAAUGAUAAUUUUAGCCUUAACUAGUUGCGAAUACUGACCGUGACUAAAUGACGAGCGCAGUUGUUAACGAGCUUCUUUUUCUGUAGUUUGGGGCUGUCUACUUUGCCAUAUUUUGUGCGAAAUUAUGUGGGACUUUUCGUCCGCUACCCAAUUCUUGUCUCCCAGGCCAAUAGUUGUUGAAACUUUCGUCUUAAAAGUUGCUUCAUCUCACUUCCGCUUAUACUAUCACCAUUUGACCAGCUUAAUUCUUUGACGACAAGGAUCAAUGACAUUUGCGUUACGAUUCUUUCCACAUCAGUAGGAGUUGCCUUGUCAUUUAACAAUCCACAAUUUUAACUCUUUUAGCCAGGACUUUACAGUGUACGGCGGUAGCUUGAGCAUGGUGCAUGCCAAGAAGAUAUGUAAAGUUAUGGACCAGGCCAUGCUUGUAGGCGCCCCAGUGAUUGGUCUAAAUGAUUCCGGUGGUGCACGUAUCCAGGAGGGCGUAUCCUCUCUCGCCGGCUAUGCCGAAAUCUUCCAGCGGAAUGUAAAUGCUUCAGGUGUUAUCCCGCAGAUUUCUAUGAUCCUCGGACCAUGCGCUGGCGGCGCUGUCUACUCCCCAGCUCUCACCGAUUGGAUAUUCAUGGUCCAAGAUACAUCCUACCUUUUCAUCACUGGUCCUGAUGUGGUCAAGUCAGUAACGAAUGAAGAUGUCACUCAGGUACUUUUUAUUCUUGACUUAAGAACACAUCUUAAGUAUGGUGAAGUCCUAUAGUAAUCGCUAGUAUAUUUUUGUCUGCUUUUGCAGGAGGAGCUUGGCGGCGCAAAGACACACACCACCGUCUCUGGCGUUGCCCAUAAUUCCUACGACAACGAUGUCGAAGCUCUCCUUAGUCUUAGAGAGUUCAUGAGCUUUUUGCCGUCAUCCAACAAGGAAGCUGCCCCCAUCCGCGCAUGCAAUGACCCAGUCACACGAAUGGUGCCAUCCUUGGACACCGCCGUGCCCCUGGAGCCUACUAGCGCUUACAACAUCCUGGAUAUAGUGCAUGUAAGUGGGGCCAAGUACAUUUUUUUCGAAGAUUUAUUAAGAUUUACCGGCUCCUUUUCUGUAAUACUAUUUGCUCUGCUUGUUUAGGAAACUGUAGAUGAACGUGAGUUCUUCGAAAUCAUGCCAAACUACGCAAAGAACAUCGUCGUCGGCUUUGCGCGUAUGGGUGGUGAAACGGUCGGGAUUGUCGCAAACCAGCCGCGAGUCGCCGCCGGGUGCUUGGACAUUAACGCCUCCGUAAAAGGUGCACGGUUCGUGCGUUUCUGUGAUGCCUUCAACAUUCCCCUCAUCACGUUCGUCGACGUACCGGGUUUCCUGCCAGGUACGGCACAGGAGUACGGAGGCAUCAUUCGUCAUGGUGCUAAGCUCAUCUAUGCUUACUCCGAAGCUACUGUUCCGAAGCUGACCGUCAUUACUAGAAAGGCCUACGGUGGAGCUUACUGUGUCAUGAGCUCUAAACAUCUUCGCGGCGACAUAAAUUACGCCUGGCCAACUGCCGAAGUAAGUUUCAUGUAUUGAUAACUUAUACUCAUCUAAUAUUAAAAUGAAAGAAUUGGUGGUGGCUUGAUGUCAAUUCGAACAAUGUUAAGCGAUUUUAACUUAUUUUGACAUUUAAGAUCGCAGUCAUGGGAGCCAAAGGAGCCGUUCAGAUUAUUUUCCGUGGCAAGGAUGACAAAUCUGCCGCCGAGGACAAUUACGUUCGCGCGUUUGCCAAUCCUUUCCCAGCGGCUGUGCGAGGCUUCGUGGACAACAUAAUUGAUCCACACACAACCCGCGCACGGCUCUGUGGGGACCUAAAGAUGCUGAGGACCAAGAAACUGGACAACCCAUGGAAGAAACACGCAAACAUGCCGCUGUAG